AUGAAGGUUCUUGCAAACAACUGUGUCUCCAAAAUUGAGAUCCCAGAAGGAGUGAACUACAGUGGAAAUGGAGUUGCUUAUAACCCAGUCUUGGGUUUAUUUGUGACUGUUGAUUGCGACGAGGGAAUCUCUGUGUGGAAUCCUGUUAGUAGAGAAUUGAUGGCCGAAUGCGACCUCGGUCCUGAUGGAGAUCUCAACAUGACCUUGCUGCCUGGGAAUCGUAUUGCGGUGAGCCAUUCAGAACCGAAUCACUGGUCGUCAGUUGAGAUUUUGUCUCUUGAGGAAGACACUUUUGGGAAUUCACCUGAACUUGAUUUAAAAGUGCCUUCUUUAACCUGUCCUGGAGUGAUCGCUUUGACCCCGCGAAAGAGUCUUCUUGUGGCAGGUUCGGGGCAGAUGGCUUUUAAUGAAAUAUUCAUUGACUGGAACAAUUCGAAAGUCCUUAAAACGAGAGAACUUUGUGUUCCACUUCCGCCACUUCGUGAAGGAUGUGGAGAAGUUAGAAUGCUAUGCUGUUCUCCAGAUGGCAAGGUGAUACGAGCUGAAUACGACAAACAUGCCCUUUCUUCGUUAAUAGUAACAAAAAUAUGUCCUAACAGCGAACAAAAACACCAAGGAAGCGAAGAAGAAAAUGAAGAGAAAACAGAAUUAGAACAAAUUGAAAUGCAAGAAGAAGCAACGAUAAGUUAUUAUAUGCUGGAUGGAGAAAAGAACAAGAUUGACCAUUUGAGGGGAUGUAUCCAUGAUGGGCAAAAUUUGAUCAUCGCAGAGGGAGAGAAAAUUGUGUUGUUGGAGUCGUUAACAGAAGGCAGCAAUGCACAUCUCCUUGUAUCAGGUUUAAAACCUGCUGUGGAAGGUUCACGAGAGGAAGUGGGGCUAAAUUUGAAUCACAAAGGACAGUUAAUGGUGUGUGAUGACAAAGAAUUUAUUAAGGUUUUUGAAUAUAAGUGUAGUCCAAGGUCCCUACAAGAUAUCUGCAGAAGUGCCAUUGUGGAUACAAUUCAAACUGGUUACAGUGAUAAAGUUAAAAGCAUGACAAUCCCAUCAACACUGAAAGAUUACUUGCUUUACAAGUAA